UUCACAGUACUUAGGUAUAAUGCUAUGAUUUUUAAUGAUGAGAAUACUAAUGCUCAAGCAGAUUUGGCAGUCCUGCUUAAACCCACAGAGAAUGAUGGCUGUUUUAGUACUUCAGGUGGAAUUCAUCCUUUUCAACUUCAAAACUGGAAGCAGAAAGUUAGUCGAACAAAGAAAGCAGAAUUCAUGCGCACAGCAGAAAAAUUUAAAAAUCAGGUUAUAAUUAUAGAGAAAGAUAAACACAGUCAUUUCUACAACCAAAAAAAUGACUUCAGAAUUGAGCACAGUAUGCUGGAAGAAUUGGAAAACAAAUUGAUUAACAGCAGGAAAAUGGAAAGAGCAAAAAUCCAGCAACAAUUAGCCAAAAUACAUAACAAUGUAAAGAAACUUCAGCAUCAGUUAAAAGAUGUGAAGCCUACACCUGAUUUUGUUGAAAAGCUCAGAGAAAUGAUGGAAGAAAUUGAAAAUGCAAUUAACACUUUUAAAGAAGAACAAAGGCUGAUAUACGAUGAGCUUAUUAAAGAAGAAAAAACAACAAAUAAUGAAUUGAGUGCCAUAUCAAGAAAAAUUGACACAUGGGCUUUGGGUAAUUCAGAAACAGAGAAAGCUUUCAGAGCAAUCUCAAGUAAAGUUCCUGUAGACAAAAUGACAUCAAAUACUCUUCCAGAAGCAGUGGUAGAUUUUGAAAAAUUCCUACAGCAAACAGGAGGGCGACAGGGGGGCUGGGAUAACUAUGACCACCAGAACUUUGUAAAUGUGAGAAAUAAACAUAAAGGGAAGCCUGCAUUUAUGAAAGAAGUUCUAGAACACCUCCCAGGAAGAACACAGGAUGAAGUUCAGCAGCAUGAGAAAUGGUAUCAGAAAUUUCUGACUCUAGAAGAAAGAAAAAAAGAGUCUAUUCAGAAUUGGAAAACUAAAAAGCAGCAAAAGAAGCAAGAAAUUUUCAAGUUAAAAGAGAAGGCAGACAAUAUUCCUGUGCUUUUUCAUAAUAAACCAGAAGGUAAUCAAAAGCAAAAAGAAGAAGAAAGAAAGAAACAGAAGUUGGCAGUUGAAGCUUGGAAAAAACAGAAAAGUAUAGAACUGUCAAUGAAAUAUGCUUCUAAGUUAAAAGAAGAGGAAGAAAAAGAGAAAAAGCAGCAGAAAGAACGCCAACGCCAGCUUAAAUUAAAAUUACUAUUAGAAAGUUACACCCAGCAGAAGAAAGAACAAGAAGAAUUUUUGAGGCUUGAAAAAGAGAUAAGAGAAAAGGCAGAGAAGGCAAAAAGAAGGAAAACUGUUGCUGAUGAAAUUUCCAGGUUUCAAGAAAGAGAUUUAUAUAAACUUGAAUUGAAAAUUCUAGAUAAGCAAGCAAAGGAAGAGGAAAAGGCAGACAAACAAAGAAGAUUGGCAAAAUUAAAGGAAAAGGUUGAAAAUAAUGUUAGUAGAGAUCCCUCUAGGCUUUACAAACCUACCAAAGGUUGGGAGGAACGAACCAAAAGCAUAGGACCAACAGGCUCUGGGCCUCUUCUACAUAUCCCACGCAGGACUAUUCCAACCUGGAGACAAGGAAUAUAGAGGAAAAUAUGAGAUAAUGGAAUCACUAUUCAUUUGAUGAGAGUAUUAGCAUAUUCAGUAAUACCAGGAGAGUGUGAUUAACCAUAUUCUUUAAAUAUCACUAGCCUAGUCAGAUUGCUUAUUAUGCUGUAUGUAAAUUGAGAGGUACUGUAAGUUUUAUUCUGCAUACAUUAGUGGUUCCUGUUUCUACUAAAAGAGUGUUCAGGGAGCAUAUAUGUUGGCCUAUUACUGAUAUAAAAGUUAUUUAUGUAAAUUUAUAUUACAAACAUCCAUUUAAAUCCCCAAGGCAUUUCAAAGAUGCUUUGUUUUUGUCAUGGCAUAGCAAAAUAAAUUGAGGCAGUCAUAGAGAAGCAUUUUUUAAACCAAAAUUUUGUAACUUUUGUAACUUGGAAGUAAGUUAGCUUGAAUAAUAAAAAUGUCUUUUUUUAAUGAGCUACAAAAUAACUUAGUACUUUUUCUAAGUUC